UCGAGUGCGCGACCGUUGAUCGCUCUCAUGAGAUGCUGAUGAUGGUCAGGCGACCUGCGUGAUUUCCUCCCUCUGGAGCUUCCUGGUUCCUUUGCAUCACCUUAUCUGAGUCCCAGCCAACCUGACAGAAUGAUUGAAGAGGGAAGUAAAAGCAGCAAGUCCAUGGUGGAGAAGAGACAGCUCUUCAUGGAAAUGAGGGCACAAAACUUUGAUGUUAUUCGCCUCUCAACGUAUAGGACGGCAUGUAAGCUACGAUUUGUUCAGAAACGAUGCAACCUUCAUCUAGUGGACGUGUGGAAUAUGAUCGAAGCUUUCCGUGACAAUGGGUUGAGCACGUUAGACCACAACGCGGAGAUUAAUGUGUCACGUCUGGAGACCAUUUUGUCCUCCAUCUUCUACCAGCUCAACAAGCGGCUGCCCACCACCCACCAGAUAAACGUGGACCAGUCCAUCGGCUUGCUGCUAAACUUCAUCGUGGCCACUUAUGACAGUGAAGGCCAUGGGAAGCUCACAGUGUUUGCUAUGAAGGCAAUGCUAGCUACGAUGUGUGGCGGUAAAAUACUGGACAAAUUACGUUAUAUAUUUUCCCAGAUAUCAGACUCAAAUGGGGUGAUGGUCUUUGCCAAAUUUGACCAGUUCCUGAGGGAAGUGUUGAAGCUCCCCACGGCGGUGUUCGAGGGGCCGUCAUUUGGCUACACCGAGCACUCUGUGAGGACAUGCUUUCCUCAGCAGAAGAAGAUCUUGCUGAAUACGUUUUUGGAUGUGUUGAUGGCAGAUCCACCCCCGCAGUGCCUCGUAUGGCUACCUCUCAUGCACCGACUCGCUAAUGUAGAGAAUGUCUUCCAUCCAGUGGAAUGUUCUUAUUGCCAGAGUGAGAGCAUGAUGGGUUUCCGCUACCGCUGCCAGCAGUGCCAUGGCUACCAGCUUUGUCAGAGCUGCUUCUGGCGUGGUCAUGCCAGCGGUCCCCAUAGCAACCAGCACCAGAUGAAGGAGCACUCCUCAUGGAAGUCUCCAGCAAAGAAGCUCAGCCAUGCCAUCAGUAAAUCUCUGGGCUGCAUGCCGAUGGGAGAGCCGCCUCACCCUGUGUUCCCAGAGGCAGCGGAAAGACCUCAGGACCUCGCACACACCACCACCCUUGAGAGUCCCAGCAGACUGGAUGAAGAACAUCGUCUGAUCGCGCGGUAUGCUGCUCGUCUGGCAGCAGAGGCCAGCAACUCCACCCAAUGCCCUCCAACUGAUCUGAGUUUCAACUUUGAUGCUAAUAAGCAACAGAGGCAGCUCAUCGCAGAACUAGAGAAUAAAAACAGGGAGAUACUGCAGGAAAUCCAGCGUCUGCGUCUAGAACAUGAACAGGCUUCUCAACCCACUCCAGAGAAAGCCCAGCAGAACCCCACUCUACUGGCAGAGCUACGACUGCUGCGGCACAGAAAAGACGAGUUGGAGAGGCGCAUGUCGGCCCUGCAGGAGAGCAGGAGAGAACUGAUGGUCCAGCUGGAAGGUCUCAUGAGGCUGCUGAAGGAUGAAGAGCAGAAACAGGCAGUUCAGACGGGGAGUUCGCCCCACUCAUCUCCCAGCCACAGUGCCAGCUGCACCAUGCCUAUGCCCAUCCGCUCCACCUCAGCCGGCUCAACCCCCACACACACGCCACAGGACUGCCUGGCAGGGGUCGGAGAUGAUGUGUUGGAUGCCUUCUCUCAGGGUGUACCAAGAAAUCUCCGUAAUGAUCUUUUAGUGGCUGCAGACUCCAUCACAAACACUAUGUCGUCACUAGUGAAAGAACUUCACUCAGUGGAUGACGGUUUGGAGGAUGAAGAGUGUAACAUGCGAAAUGGAAGAGAGAAGGCUGAGUCAGAGUAAAAGAAUAUAGAAUAUUUCAUUGUCAUCGCUGAAGCAUUCCGGGAAAAGGCACUCCAGCCCUUCAUUCUAAGCCCCAGGAAAGAACCAGCGACAUCAAAAGCUCUCUGGCAUUCGCACAUAGACAAAUGCAUGCUCUUCCUCAACUGGGUUUCACUAUGUGAAACAAACUCUUCAUCACACCUUGCACAGAGCAAGAUGUAUUUAUUAGGAAGUAUAUAAAUAUAUAUAUAUAUAUAUAUAAAUAUAGCUCUAUGUCUAUCUGUAUAAACCCAUUGUUAUCACGUUAUCCAUGAGAAUGGCUUGUUUGUGCUUUCUUAAAAAACCUUUAUGACUUUGUGAUUACUACUCUCUGAAACGAACGCACUGUGCAUCUUCAUGACGUCACUCAAAUGGAUCUAUGCUGUAGCUAUUUUUCCAGAUGUUCGCCACACAGGAAGCUUUUUUGUAUAACUAGUGAUGAUUUUUUGUGUUUUGAUGCAUGGAGUGGCUCUACUGGAUAGAUGGAGAGGGCUCGUAUUUUCUUUGCAUGUGACAUUUAUUCCGGCCGACUCGAGUGAUGCCUGCUCCGUCGCUCCUUGUAGUCUUCUGAUCAUCAAACUGCUGCUUCUGCAUCAAAUGCAUCCGAACCACCAUAUAUCAGGGACGUCUCGUAGAGCUUGCCGUUUGUCUGGGAUUUCUGCUACUGUGUUAAGUUACUGCUACCCGUCGUUGUGGCCGUUGUUUUAGCGCUUCGGUAUUGCCUCUUAGUUUAGAGUAUCGCAUAUGUAUCUCUCUGUAUUUUUGGAGAGCAUAAAGGGACUUUAAUGGAAUACGGAUGUAUGUUCCGUAUAUCCAUAAACCAGAUUAGCCA